UAUUGAACAAAACGGCAGCAUGGCGGAACUCGUGCGGGACGAAGCGGGGCUGGCAAGAACUUCGUUGCGGCAAAACCGUCUUCCUAAUCCAAGCUGGCUUGAUAAAUAGAUACCAAUUCCUAAGAUGUACAGCUCUAACUUAUUGGGGCUGACAGCGCGGCUGUAUUAAGGGCAAAUGCUCGCGCUCGUAGCCCACGCGUCUGCGAGGCUUCUGACAGGUACAUAUGUGCCCACAUUAGAGCCAUUUAUACGUUAACCAAUCUAAUUUGACCAGCGGUAUUUGACCAGCAGUAUUUGACCAGCGGUAUUGUCUGCUCUAAGAUCGGCAUCUAACACGUCUUUCUUGCAGCUGAGGACGAAUUCAUGGCAUAUGUUUGAGUUUGUUCAACCUGUUGCUAUCACAGUUACCUUCGCUGUCGCGGUUCCCUGACUCGAGUCGGAUGACGGAUCUACGUCGCCGGGGCCACUUCCUUCUUGUGUACAGUGACUUUGUAUAACUGAUGGCUUGAAUACUGGCUGCGUGUAGUCGGCGGGGGCCGGAAACGUCUUGGUAGACAGAAUGAACGAGGCGCUGGACUUUGGGAUCGGCGACUCGCAGUAUGUCUUCACGGAUUUAGAGCUCAACGAGCUGCUGGGCGUGAUAGAGCGCAAAGCAGCCGGCGAGGCCGAGCCUGACGCUCUCGAUUUCCUGCGCGCCACUGACGGCAAUGGACUUGCUCUUCAGUUCCAACCGCGUUCUCAAAAGGACAACGGCAGUGGGUGCAGCCUCGAGCAGAGCGCGGUUGCAGCAGCGGUCAAGCUGGAGGAUAGCGCGCUGUCAUCGGCACUGGCGUCACCGGUAGACACACCCGCACUCACCGGCGUCGCCGACCCAGCGUCCCUCUACGGUAGCGGUGCAGAGAUAUCGAUCAUGCCCAUGCCUCACGCCGCCGCUGCUUCCGCUCCGACGUCACUUCACGCCUACACCCUGCCGGGCACCGCGGGGCACGCGGCGCUUGUUGGCAGCUCGCCGGCGCUAGUGAGCACCCUUGUCGCCGCCGCCACUGCCGCACAGCAGGCGCAACACAAUGCGCAACUGGCGGCAGCCGCGGCCGGCUGCCUGCACGUGCACGCCCCACUCCAGCUGGCGCGCUUCGCAUCGGUUCCGGCACCGCCGGGCAAAGCCAUGUCCAUGUCCAUGUCCAUGGCUGAGCCCAAGGGCCAGAUCAGCCACUCCACGGUGGAGAAGCAGCGCCGCGACCGCAUCAACUCACUGAUUGACGAGCUGCGCGAGCUUGUGCCGCCGCAGCAGCGUGGUGGAGCCAACGGUGCCGCCGCCGCCGCCGCCAACGACGCGGGAGGCCUGGAAGCUCGGCGGCCCAAGCACGUUGUACUGGCAGACACCAUCCAACUGCUCAAGCACCUGCAGCUCAAGCUAUCAAUGGGCGCGCUGGAAGUGGGCGGCGCCACCAAUGGCUGCUACGUCAACGGGAAUGGCGGCUACUGCAAUGGAGGCGGCGGCGGCGGCAGCGGCGGCGCCGUCGGGCGGCUGGGCAGUGGCUUCAACGGGGAGGAGGACACGGCCAACUCGGAGGGCAAGGCCAGCAAGGGAUCCUCCAGUCACGAGGAGAUGGAGGUCGGCGGCGCUCCUCAGAUGCCACACAUCCCCUGCCAGAUGACGCAGAUGUCGGGCGUGACGGUGGAGCGCGGCCCCGACUGCUACUACGUGCAGGUCAAGUGCCGCGACCGCAAGGGGCUGCUGUCCGACAUCAUCAACGCCCUGAGACAGCUGCCACUGGAGAUCCGCACCGCCGCCGUGACCACCACCAACGGCACGGUGCGUGACGUGUUUGAGGUGAAGUUGGACGACCCCGGGCUCAGCCCCGAGGACGUCCAGAACCUGGUGCACGACGCCCUGUUCCAGAGCCACCUGUUGGCGGCGCAGAGCGAGAGCCUGGCCGCAGCCGGCAAGCGGCCUCGCGCCUAGCCGCCGCAAGGUGCGGAAAGGUGGCCGGAGCAUGUUGCAAAACGGAAUGCUAGCGCUGCCAAAGUACAGCUCGUUACUGAUCGACAAGCUUGAUAGCGCUGAGCGCGGUCGCCGGCGGAUGCAGUAGCAAGGCGUACUGCUGGGCGUCGUUGUCGCGUCGUGGACCCCGUUUCGAGGCCUGCUGGCGGGAGAGGGCAAUGCCAGCAGCUGAUCUGAACGGCUUGCGCGGCGGUCCAAGAGCAUUUGCAGGGGCGUGAGCGAGCGGACUUCCGAAGAAUAGAGGGGGGAGCUGUUUAGGGGUCAGGGCCUUCGUGCAUUGCUGGGCAAGUUGCGGAGGGAGUACAGAGGAGCAGAGCGGAGCUGACAGCAAGGGUCUGCAUUUCCUUAGGUCCUGGCUUUUUGCAAAGCUGUGAGUGUGCGGCUCAAUUGCCUGCUGUUGUCGAUGGUUGGUAGCACUGCUGAGGCUGAGCCGGGGUGGGCCGGGCGGGGUUCACGCGUACGGCAUAGCUCGAGAGCGCAAACAACAUCCGUCGGCUCUCUUCAGGGUGUUCAAAACCGGAGCUUACAACGAAGUACCAUAAUGGCUUUGGUGCGGCUUGAUUUGCCAUCAUGGUAGGUAGCUCAAAAUGCCAUGGCUUGCACGCCUCUUGGCUUCGCAACAAAGUACGUAAACAAUUUUGAGAGGACUCUCCGGUAGUUAGAUGGAUGCGCUCGUAGGGUACCUCACAAAGUCAGAUACACGGCCUUCUGGACGUUGGGCUGUGGGAGCCUCCCACAAACGUUUUGCUAUGAUGAGGUCAGGCAACCGAUCUAAUCGCUGUGCACAAUCCCAGCUGCCAGGCAAGCCUAGUGGCUUUGUUGCGCGGCAGUUUAUGUCUGCAGGCAAGGGCGUGGCGUUUUGGUUAUGAGGGGCGGCGCGGACGUUGAUCGAACUUGCAUUGCCCACACGAUGGCGGGGGGAAGUGGGGCUACAUGACCACACGGAGCGAGCUUUGGACAACAUCAUCGCUUACUGGACAGAGGCGCGCGGACAUAUUACGCAUAGCUUGGCCGCAAGGGCAGGUUGCUUCAAUGCAGGUUUUGAAGGUGGUGGGAGUCCGCACAUAAUUCGCGUUACUCCUAUGCAUCUGUCUGUAGUGUGGCCUCACCAUGUGUCUGUAGUGUGGCCUCACCACAAUUGUGCCCUGCUGUGUGCUGGUAAGUGCAUGCUGCGCGUGCCCGCUGCGCGUUCGCUCUAGGUCUUGAUUUCUGUGCUCUCUGGCGGUUGUGUGCAUGAAACAAUUUAACUGUUAGCAACUCAUACACGAGCGUGCCGUUCACAGUCGUUUCGUAAUGUUCAUGUUGUGUGUGGUGGCUGAACACACGGACAGCCAGUGGAGGCUGUCUGUUUAUUGAUCCUGUUGCCGCAGCAGCGCCGCGCAGCGGCGCGCGCCCGCGAGGCAGCAGCGGCGCGCACCCAGGCAUAAUGAACGGGGUGCGCUGCGGUCUUGGCGUGUUUACUCUCAAUUGAGUUUGAAAGUUUGUCGAUAGGUGUUGUCGACUCGCAGUGGGCAAGGAGCAGAUUGGAGGCGUAGAGUCUAGGCCACAUGAGCUAAGCGCGCCUGCGGUUGAGCAGGUGCAGAACUGGUUACGCAAACAUAAUACUCUUCCUUAAUAGCGGAUAUACGCGAACAGUUGCCGGCUUACCGGAUGCAGCGGCCAAGCAAUCAGGGGGGGCGUUCAGUACGCUGGUGUGGGGCCAACGACAUGGCGGCGCACAAUGCGCCUGCUCAUUUCCUUGGGUCUUGGCUGAAAGCCGGCUUUCAGCAAAGCUGCGAGUGUGCGGCUCAUCAAUUGCCUGCUGUUGUGGAUGGUUGCGUAUGGUUGGUAGCACUGCUGAGGCCGAGCCGGGGUGGGCCACGCGUGUGGGCGUGUGCGCCGUCUCCGGAAGCAUUGCCACAAAUGCUGCGAAGUCGAGAAGAGAACGGGCACAAUUGGGAGGCAGCAGAUCGCUGGUAUUGUGCCCGAAGGAUCUGCGCUUAGGUUGUGAAACCUGUGUUUCCAUGCAUUGCGUCGUGUUACACGUUAUAGAUGGCGGCCGCCGCCGGAGACGUAGGUGAUGGGUACCUGCGAGCAAGGAACUGCAGUCUUCAUGUGGGGUUGGGAGGGCAAGCCCGUACCGCCGGAAAGACGGAAACCUUGGUUGAUGACUGCUGAUGACGACAUAGCUGGGGAGGGACACAUACGAGGGCUAGAAUUGGGCGCAUGACUGCCACACACGCCAUCAAACGAAGCGCACUGUCACGCCUAUGUCUGUGUUUGCGGCUCAGAAUGAUUUGGGCAUGGGAAUUGUGCGGGAGGUUGGCGAGAUGGAAUGCAGGGCCUGUUGUAUCAGGGCUUGAAGCGCGGGCAGCGUAUGCAUGCAGAUGCGUGACGCAGGGGGCGCAGCCAAUGAUUCCGGCUUCGCACCCAUUGAUAGCGCAGUGCAUCUCGCAUUUGCUGUUCAGUGCACGUCAAGCGCAGCUUCUUACUAAUAUAGUAGCACGGUAAGGGAUGAUUUGACGGGAUGUGGCCACGGAUGCGUGAGGUGUUGACUGGUGCAAGCUUCAGGGAUUCAUAAGCGGAGGCUGUCGGUUACGGCUAUGAUGGCAAUCCGUGGAGGGUUCAGUGCGUGGAUGUCUGUGAAGGUGCAAGUGAUAUUUGUAUUUAUUUGGACGGGUAGUAUCUCCUCCCGACAAGGAGUUUGGUCAGGUAUGGGCGUGGUCAUACGUGCGCCUUACUAGCUAGCUAUGAAGUCCGAACUGAGGGGGCGUAAAGCAGUAUGUUAAAUAUUACCCCUUGUAACACACGCGUGAC